UAGAGGAUACCGGGAGCGUAGAGGAUACCGGGAGCGUAGAGGAUACCGGGAGCGUAGAGGAUACCGGGAGCGUAGAGGAUACCGGGAGCGUAGAGGAUACCGGGAGCGUAGAGGAUACCGGGAGCGACGAAGUUACCGGGAGCGACGAAGUUACCGGGAGCGUAGAGGAUACCGGGAGCGUAGAGGAUACCGGGAGCGACGAAGAUACCGGGAGCGUAGAGGAUACCGGGAGCGACGAAGAUACCGGGAGCGUAGAGGAUACCGGGAGCGACGAAGUUACCGGGAGCGACGAAGAUACCGGGAGCGACGAAGAUACCGGGAGCGACGAAGAUUCGGAGAGCGUCUACGGUUUCAAAAAGCAAGGGCAAAUAACUUCGGGAGACACUUCUGUACUGUACCCUAAAGAUGAGUUCUUCGGAAGAGGGCUGAACUCCCCAGUACCUGCAUUUAUGAGGAAAGGAAGACCUCAAAUGGACAAUACAGCCCCGCUUUUUGAGCCUAGUGACUCAGAGGAGGAAGAUGAAUGGACUCCUCAUCUGGAGAGAUACACACCAGCACCCCGGAGCCUCCGAUCCCCAACCAGGAGACCAGCGGCGUCUCGGGUGGGUACAACCAGGAGACCAGCGGCGUCUCGGGUGGGUACAACCAGGAGACCAGCGGCGUCUCGGGUGGGUACAACCAGGAGACCAGCGGCGUCUCGGGUGGGUACAACCGGGAGACCAACUGCCCCUCACCUUGACAAUGCUGCCACAUCUACAGAACAGGAGGGGGAGGCAGAUACACAAGCAGUUCCUCAGCGAGAGGCUCAACAGCCACACCCCAAACCAACAGCAUCAGGACUAUCUAAGAGACAGUGGUUGGAAAGACGUGGACAGACCCAGGAUUUAAACUACCAGCGUGGCAAGAAUCUGAGAGACAGAACAAGAGUCUCUUACAUUGAGGAGGAGGAGCCUAAAGAUGACCACUUCCUCUUCUGUGAGGACUGCUGUGAUUUUUUCAUUGGGAAGUGUGAGCUCCACGGUGCUCCUGUCUUCAUCCCUGACACCCCAGCCCCUCAAGGAGCUCCAGACAGGGCCAGACUCACCCUGCCGCCUGGCCUGGAGAUCAAGACAUCAGGCAUCCCUGGAGCAGGACUGGGGGUUUUUAACCAAGGGGACACUGUGGCAGUAGGAACCCACUAUGGGCCUUACGAAGGAGAGAACACAGAAAAAGACCAGGCCAUGGAGAGUGGAUACUCCUGGGUGGUAGGAGGAAUCUACAAGAACAGACUAUUGGACGACUACAUUGAUGCCAAGAGAGAAACGUAUUCCAAUUGGAUGAGGUAUGUCAACUGUGCCCGUAAUGAGGAAGAACAGAAUCUGGUGGCCUUCCAGUACCGAGGAGGGAUCCUGUACCGCUGCUGUAAGCCCAUAGCUGUUGGAGACGAGCUGUUGGUUUGGUACGGAGAGGAGUACGCCAGAGACCUGGGCAUCGUCUUUGACUACAUCUGGGAUAAGAAGAGUUCUGCUAACGAUGUGAAUGAGUCAUCCAAGUUCCAGAUCUACUCCUGUCCUGGCUGUCUGUUGUCGUACACGUCUCAGAUUUAUCUCCACAAGCACAUAAAGAGAUGUCACCAGGAGGAGUAUGUCAGACUGCUGAGGAGUGGAGAGAUCAGAGCAGAAAGUCUCCUGUCCUCCAGCAGGUCUCAACAUCAACCAACCAUCUCAGGUUCCUCCAACCCUCCUCUCACUAGAAAACAGAGAGAGACAGACAAACCAGGACUACACCUCUGUUCCCAGUGUGGGAAGAGUUUCAGUAGAGUGGAUAAUCUCAGAACACACCAGCGCAUCCACACAGGGGAAAAGCCUUAUCACUGUUCCCAGUGUGGGAAGAGUUUCAGUAGAGUGGAUAAUCUCAGAACACACCAGCGCAUCCACACAGGGGAAAAGCCUUAUCACUGUUCCCAGUGUGGGAAGAGUUUCAGUGCAGGGGGUGACCUCAGAAAACACCAGCGCAUCCACACAGGGGAAAAGCCUUAUCACUGUUCCCAGUGUGGGAAGAGUUUCAGUACAGGGGUUCAUCUCAGAACACACCAGCGCAUCCACACAGGGGAAAAGCCUUAUCACUGUUCCCAGUGUGGGAAGAGUUUCAGUGCAGGGGGUGACCUCAGAACACACCAGCGCAUCCACACAGGAAAGCCUUAUCACUGUUCCCAGUGUGGGAAGAGUUUCAGUACAGGGGUUCAUCUCAGAACACACCAGCGCAUCCACACAGGGGAAAAGCCUUAUCACUGUUCCCAGUGUGGGAAGAGUUUCAGUAGAGUGGAUAAUCUCAGAACACACCAGCGCAUCCACACAGGGGAAAAGCCUUAUCACUGUUCCCAGUGUGGGAAGAGUUUCAGUACAGGGGUUCAUCUCAGAACACACCAGCGCAUCCACACAGGGGAAAAGCCUUAUCACUGUUCCCAGUGUGGGAAGAGUUUCAGUGCAGGGGGUGACCUCAGAAAACACCAGCGCAUCCACACAGGGGAAAAGCCUUAUCACUGUUCCCAGUGUGGGAAGAGUUUCAGUGCAGGGGUUCAUCUCAGAACACACCAGCGCAUCCACACAGGGGAAAAGCCUUAUCACUGUUCCCAGUGUGGGAAGAGUUUCAGUACAGGGGGUUAUUUCAGAACACACCAGCGCAUCCACACAGGAAAAGCCUUAAGUGUCCAAUGUCGUAUGAAUAAGUCUGAAUACUUGUGAUGUUUCUGUUUUAAAUGUGAUGUUUCUGUUUUAAACAUGUUAAUAAAUGUCUACAAAUCUUU